ACUGCCGACUGCCGCUCGUCGCCGGACGACAGUAUUCGCUUGCGCAGCGGCGUGACACGUUGCGCCAGAAGGAGGGAUCCCUCGUCGGUGGCGUCGCGUCGUUCGAAGCCCCCGCCAAGUCUCGGGCGAGGGAGCGGCAGGCCCUGGUCUGGUUCGAAAUAAAAAAGUCGCGUGAUCGUUCGCGAGAGGAAGAAAGAAGAGGAAGAGGGAGCGGAAGGUUCUCGCGUGUCGAAUUCGUCUCGCGUGUUGAAUUCGUCUGUCAUCCUCCGGCCGCGGAAGAUGGCCCCGUCGUGCUUCGAGGUAAUCCUCGUCGGCUUCAUCCUCGUGCUGCCGUUCCUCUACGAGACCAGCCGCACCUUCCGCUACUACUUCAAGUUCCUCAUCUAUUACGGCAUCGUGAUGGUGAACGCGGUCCUGCUCAUGCCCAUCAUCUCGCUGCGGCCCGGCAAUGUCAAGAAUUUCUUGCUGGCAUCAUCGUUGUGCCAUCACAUUAGCACUUUGCUGGGUCUGCGAUGGGAAUUGCGAGGAAGGGAACACCUAGAGAAGAAUAGGGCUUGUAUAAUCGUAGCGAAUCAUCAGAGUUCACUGGAUAUAUUAGGAAUGUUUGAUAUUUGGCCGGUGAUGGACAAGUGCACCGCUGUCGCCAAGAAGGAAAUUUUCUAUGCAUGGCCGGUCGGUUUGGCUGCAUGGUUGUGCGGUCUGAUUUUCAUCGAUAGAAUGAACUCCGAGAAAGCACGAGCUGCACUCAACGAGGCUACGAAAGAAAUUAGGGAUAAAAAGAUCAAAUUGUGGAUAUUCCCCGAGGGCACUAGGCACAAUACCGGUGAGAUACAUCCAUUCAAAAAAGGUGCCUUUCACGUCGCAAUCAGAUCACAGUUACCUAUAUUACCGGUCGUAUUCUCCUCAUAUUAUUUCUUAUCCGCGGAAGAAAAGAGAUUUGAUUCCGGACGCAUUCUCGUGACGACAUUGCCGCCCAUCUCGACUGAAGGACUCAGCACAAACGAUGUAGAAGAAUUGAUGGAAAAAACACGAAGUGCCAUGACUGAGGUAUUUCACUCAACGAGUCACGAGAUCCAGCUGUCUCUUACUGUCCGGUAGCGGAAGAAUUUAGACGAUGUUUCUUUGAUAUUUCUUCGAUGCGUGACCAAGUGGCCGAGUAAUCUUUAUUAUCGGUAUACAAGUACAUCAUCAUUUUCAUAAAAAUCAUUUAUGGCUAAUUUAAUUGUUGCAUAAAAGUCGCUUCUUAAUUUAAUUUAAAACUAUAAAUUUUAAAAUGAAAAAAAAAUACAUAUAUUAAUACAUGGUAAAAUAAGAAUAUAAUCAGACAAAAGAGGCAUACACAGUACUGAAAAAUUAGAAUUUUUUAAGCAGUUAUAUGCAUUCUUAAUUAAUUAUACAUAAUUUGGAGAAAUGAUACAGUGUACGAUAUAUCCUAUACUGUGGACGCGAAAAGAGUGAGAGAAAAGAAAGAGAACUUUUGACACGCCAUGAUUUUUCGUAGAGUUACAGAUUGUAAAUAUGAUUCAUUAGAAGGCAUUUUAUAAAUUGUGGAAAUAUUGUUAAUGUUUAUACUUAACGGACUACUUGUACUAAAUUACAUUAGAUAUAUUUUGCUAUAAGACAUGCUUGUACAUUCUCACUCGUCUGUUUUUAUGCUUCCACUUGUUUCCAUAUGGUUAUCUAAAAAUAUUAAGGUAUAUAUAAUUGUAACUUGGAAAAGUGCACUUUAAUUUUAAAUAUUUAAAAGAGAGAAGAAGUUUCAACGUUUUUCUGUUUUUCGGGUAAUUUUCUGAAUCAUGUUUAUGUAUAUUUCCUCGUGAAAUUUAAUUGUUUCGGUUGACUCGCGCUAUUGUAAAUCAAGAUAACUGUUUAUAAUCGAAAUAACGAGAGAAAUAAUAUUAUAUUUUAAUCGAAAGAUAACAUAUUAAAUUUGAAGCAUAUUGUAAUCACAUUGUGCUGCGGUGUACAUACAUUUUCACUUACAAUUAAUUAUGACUACGAUAUCGCGAAAAAAUAGUUAUGAUCGGUGUAUGAUAAAUAUUAAACUUAUCCUUGGGCAUUUCUUAGAUAAUUCUAAUUUUUCUGUUGCACUAUUGCAUAGUCUCUCUCUCUCUCUGUAUAUUCGUAACAUGGACGAAAUGCUUAAGGCAAUGUUUUUUUCUAUGUAAUUCUCCAUGUUGCAAUUGUGUUCAGUUUAGCGUAAUUAAUAUGAUGAUGCUUUUCUGCUGAUAAUUUUUUGCAGCUUGUAAAAAAUAUAAAAUUAGCACAUAAUAGCUGACAAACAAAACGAUUUAAUUGUUGGCAAUGAAGCGUUAAAAAACUAUUUAUAUUUUUCUUCCAACAUAAUUUCUAAGAUUGUAUAUUUUCUGGCACAUGUCCUGUUUGAUAUUGUACAAAAAAAAAA